GAACACCAGUCCGCAACAACACAAAAAAGAAGAAGAUGAAAUAUGUCUGUCAGAUCGUGCGUUGAUCACAACAAGCUCGUGUGAGCAUGGUGGAUUUUUCGAGUUCAUCGUGUCCCUCUUAGAGCGAGUGAAUUUCGGGGCCGAACGGCGGAGACGACAUUGCUAUGGUGUUGACCGGUGAACGAGUGAACAAAGUUUGCAACAGGCCAACGCCUUCUAAGGCUGUCACACUGGAUGACCCGCAAGAUGGAUCGGAGCCCAGAGACGGUCCGCAGGAGAUGACGGAAAAUACGCGGCCCCUAGUCGAUUACGCGGCCAGCAUAGAGAAAGUCAAGGACUGCGGAUGGUACUGGGGUCCGAUAUCCGGAGUAGUUGCCGAGAGACUUCUCCAAAAUGAGUCGGACGGCUCGUUUCUGGUCCGUGACUCGAGUGAUGAACACUACAUAUUCUCAUUGAGCUUCAAGCUGACCGGCGAGGUGCGGCACGUUCGCAUAGAGCAUCACGGCGGAAAUUUUAGCUUCGGUUUCGGGAACAAAUUCCAUUCGAAAACGAUCAUCGACUUCGUCGAAAAUGCGGUUGCUCACUCCCGAUCUGGUCGUUACCUCUUCUUCCUCAAUCGGAGACCGAUGCUGGGCCCGAUGCGGGUUCAGCUGCUCCAUCCUGUAUCGAGAUUCAAGAGAAUGACGUCUCUCCAGCAUCUUUGUCGGUAUACUAUCUUCAAGGUCCUGUGUCAGCGACGAGACCUCAUUGAGGAGCUUCCGCUGCCAACAAAGCUCAAAGUUUAUCUCGAUACGCCAAACUACCUCUUCGAGAUGGAACCGAGCGAGUUGAACUCGGACACCGCCAGGACGACACCGGUCCCCGACGCGACCUCGAUAGAAAAUCCGCCGUCGGAUCAGUCAUUGACGUAGUUUUGUUUAUAAUUUCGAAUUUCCACUAAUGAAACGAACAGCUAGGCUCCU